AUGUCGAAAGAAAUUGCCGAAGAAUAUGCGUCCAGCCUGGCAGACUUGACGGUCAACAGCAAACCCCUAAUAAAUAUGCUUACAAUACUCGCAGAAGAGAAUAUAGAGCAUGCUGGGGUUAUCGUUGAUACCGUGGAAAAACAUUUGGAGAAGGUACAUCCAGACAUCAAGCUGCCUGUUCUCUAUUUAGUUGAUUCUAUUAUCAAGAAUGUUGGUGGGGCAUACACCCAGAAGUUUGCACAAAUCAUUGUAAAUAUGUUUACAAGGACCUUUAAGCAGGUUGAUGAGAAAAUCAGAUCUCAGAUGUUUAAGCUACGGGAGACUUGGCAUGAUGUGUUUCCAGCAACGAAGCUUUAUCAGUUAGAUGUGAAAGUGAACCUGAUUGACCCAGCAUGGCCAAUACAAGCACAACCGCAGCAGUCAAACAUCCAUGUAAAUCCAAAUUUUCUGAAAAAGACUGCAGCACCAACAACCAGCACAGCUACACCACUGACUGAAGAAGAAGAAAAAAUGCGUAGUAUUCUCGCUAAAAAAGAGCAAGAGUUGCUUAUGCUUCAGAGAAAGAAAAUUGAAAUGGAGCUGGAGCAAACAAGGCGACAGCUUGAAUUGGCUGAGAAAAAUGCUAAAAAGGUGGUUCCGGUGACAAGUGGUGCUCCAGUAAUGCCAGUAGCGCUAGUGAGUCCAGUGCCUUCAUCUAUCGCUUCCACGGUGCCAGCACCUGUACCUUUGGCGCCGCCCGUUUCCAUUAAGCAGCGUUUGGGACCGCCGGUGAACAAACCGCCCGGUGGACGCAUAGCGCCGGUGAGCGGCCCCCUUGUGACAGCCCGGCGUGAUCCGAGACUUGCGCGCCGGCCUCCACCUCAGCCUCAGCCCACGCCACCUAACCACGUCCCACACGUGGGCCACGUGCCUCACCCCGCCCACUCCGUGCACCCUGUGCCCAACGGCCCACCCAUUGCACCCAAUGUCUUCGACAUCAAACCGUUAGAACGCGUCAUAAAACGCAAAAACGUUAUCACGAUCGAUGUCAGACCAGAAACCGCCAUUAAAGACCCGCGCCGUCGAGACCCGAGGCUCUCUGACCGCCCUAGAGAAAGACGGUCCAAGAAAUCUGACGAAGAGAAAGCCGAUAAGAGACGCGAAGAUUUACGCGUGGAAAGAGAAGCCAAGGAUAAAGCUGAAAGCGAACGGAGUGCCGUCGAUAACUAUAUAGACCGCCUUCAAAUACCAGACCCUAAGAAAAUAAACAAGCUCCCACCGAUACCUAAGAUAAAUAAAGAGGAAAAUAAAGAUGAGGAUGUUCCUGCUCCGACUAAAAGGAGAAAGGAGAACCCCAAAGAACGAAGGAAAAAGAAAGAUCAGAACUCCAGUAAGGACAGUAAUUCUAGUAGCUCGUCACCUGAAAAGCGACAGAAGACGAAAGAGUCGAAAAAGAAAGGUAAAGAAAAGAUUGAGGUAGAAGAGAAACCAUCCGAGGAGCCUGAGGUUGUUACUUUCAAGGAACUGAAGAACUUCAACAAGGAUCGCUAUAUGCGUCGGAAUAAAGAGAAGUCUGAAAGUCCUGAGCGGGUUCCAGAAGAGAAAAAAGAAGUGUUGAAGCCCAGUAGUGAACCAUCAAAUGUGCUCGACGUUGUAGUGGAAAACAAGGACAUAGAUCUCAGAGUGUUGCAUCCUGUUAUCACUGAUGUUACGCCGGCGCCAGUGGCACAGAAAAGGUCUUCCACGGAGACUCUUGAAGGAAAAGUCAAGAAGAAUAAACUUGAUAAGUUUGAUAUCUUAUUUGGCAAUGAAGAUGUAGAUCUUCGACAGUUACCACAAGUAGAAGAAGUAAUUCCUCCACCACCACCAGUUAUAACCGAAAGCCCGAAAGCUGACGUCUCGCUUGAUGAUCAAGAGCGCGUGCCAUCGCCUAAAUUUUCACCUAAGCAAAAAGACUGGAACGAAGUCAAGGAGAAAAAAGAUGAUACGAAGAAAACUCCAUCAAAGUUAGAUUUAGUAAGGGCGAAGUUGGCUGAAGCUACUAAGGGAAAAGAUCGACUAGGGCGUCCACUUUUAUUCAGCAAAUCACCAAGCAUUGAAAGAGAGAGACGGCGCACAAUGAGUUCAGACGAUGCAGAUCCGCGAUCGGACAGCGACGACGUCACGGCCGAGGACCACAAGAAAACUAUAUCCAUUAUUAUGUCUCAAGCGAAAGAACAGUUUAGCGAUGGCAAACUUGAUAAGAACCAGUACAACACUCUUAUGUAUCAGGUUCUGCAAUUAAAUGAGAAGCUAAAAUUGAAAGAAGCAAAGCAGAGAGAGUCGCUCGAGUUAUCUAAGCGGAAGUUGAAGGCUCACAUAGACGAGGAAAACCAUAAGGUUGCUAGUCCUAAAAUGUCUCCAUCUGAAAGAAAUAACUUUGGCGAUAUAGAUGAAAGAAUUACUCCCGCUGUGUUCGUUGAUACUCCAUCAGACAGUCAAAACUUUAUGCAAGAUUCCGAUAUGAGAAUGAACACCGGACCACCAAUCGACGGCGUGGAUGGUGGGAGACCGAAAGGCUUGCUACCUCUCCCUCCAAUGAUGCCCAUGUUUAUGGGUCCAUACCCAAUGUGGAGAGGACCAAGGAUGGAAGACUUUGGGCCUCGAAGGUUUAGAGGGCCAAUGCCGCCAUUUUUUAGAGGUAAAUUCGACAACAGAAUGCCGAGACCUCCCUUCGAUGUUCGGUUACCGUUACCGCCCCUACCUGCACCGAAAUUGGGUAUGUGCCAAGGUGAAAGUCCACUUAUACCAUACGAGAGAGUUGCAUCGCCACCACCUAUCGGUACUCCUGGUCACACGAUCCCACCAACAAAUUUCCAAAUUUUAGAAUACAUAGAUCAAGAUCCUGUUAAGACCAUACAGAUUGAUGGUGUACCCAGAGAGAUCAGAUUCUAUGGAGAAACGGCAGUCAUUAUGUUGGACUGGGAUGAUCCUCGUGAGAUCAAAUUUUUACCAGGUUGCAGAAGGGUGACAUUUGAUAACAAGGAUUCUGUGAUGCUUAACUUUAACGAAGGAUAUAAGCAAGUAGAGAUGGAUGAUCAGGUCUUUAAUAUUAGAUUUGGUGCACCAACACGAGAGCUCUAUAUUAACGGAAGAUGGUACGAGUGUUUUUUCGGCGGCCAGCCAUUGGGCGUGAUCAUCGACGGAAAGCCUAGAUUAGUGCACCUGGAAGGUCCGUUACCACAAGUUGAUAUUGGAAAAACAAAACGCACAGACCUCGUUGCCGGUAAAAUAAAUCUUAUUAUUAACGCAACACAGAUGUGUCCGGUGUAUUUGGAUGCAAAAGUACAAAAAAUACUUAUAAAUGGUCAGUUCUUCACAUUGCGUUUCGUUGAUGCCUUAAGGACUGUCUUGAUCAAUGAAAAACCAUUUAAGGUUGAGUUUGGGGAUUUGCCCAGACCUUUAUUUAUAGGGAAGGAGAAAUAUUUUAUACGUUUCUCUGCUUUACCGCGAAAUAUAAAGCCCGGUCAAGUGCAGAUAGCGGAUAUGGAAGGUAUUGGAAUAGAAACUCCAGUGAAACCAGCUCCUGUAGUUGAUAAUGUCCCUGUACUUGAUAAAGAACCUGUUGGUAUUGAAGAAGAGCCGGUGCCAAGACCUGAUAAAUCACCGAGUCCUGUUGGUGAAAACCAAGGUCUCGACAUGCUGGCGAGUUUAAUGCCAUCCAGCAUAGCUCCAGCAUCAGGAUCAGAGUAUAGCGUUGCAGAACCGCUGUACCCUAAGUCCGAUAAAAUUCCUGGUCUGGAAACACCCUCGGAAGAGAAACCCGCCAACCCCCUACCAAUUCUGGGCAAUAUUAACAUAAAUGAUUUGUUUGCUAAGUUAGUAGCCACUGGUAUUGUUCAAAUGCCAGAGGAGAAUAAAGAGAAAACAAAGACUGAGGAAACUAAGCCGAAGGAAGCAGAAGAUAAAAAUAUUAUACAUAAAGUGGAUCUACUUAAACCUGAGACGCUGAAAAUCAAGCAGCCGGCGCUGGUGCGGAGGCUGUACGGCGGCAUGCAGUGCAGCGGCUGCGGCGCGCGCUUCCCGCCCGAGCACACGGUGCGCUACUCGCAGCACCUGGACUGGCACUUCCGCCAGAACCGCCGCGAGCGGGACUCCGCCAGGAGGGCCCACUCGCGCCCCUGGCACUACGACCUGCCCGACUGGCUGCGCUACGAGGAGCUGGACGAGCUGGACGAGCGAGAGAAGAACUGGUUCGAAGCGAACGCGGCUAGCGGGGAGUUCUACAACGAGGACCGCGAGGAGUGGCACCUGCGCAACGCCGUCACGCACCUCGACCGCCACUACCACCCGCUGUGCCUCGCAGACUACAAGGCAUCCCUUGCUAAGGAAGAACCAGAAGAGAUACCUGAAGAUGUGCCUGAAGUAGAGAAAUCAGAGCCCAUAGAGAUAAAGGAUACAGAUGAAGUAGGAGCAGCAUCUGACAAUGAGUCUGAUGUGGAGGUGCUAGAAGUCAAAGAGCCUGUUGUUGAAGCUUUAGAGAUAGAGGAGGGUUCGGAUGGCUGGUCGGACGAGGACGACGUGGUGCUGAAAGCGGAGCCGGUGGAGCAGGUGGUGCUGGAGGACAACGACACGGACGACGAGACGGUCAGCAGCCGCCGUGAGCGAGAUCUGCAGCACCAGCUCGCGCUGGUCAAGGUCAAGCAGGAGCCUCCCGACCCAGAUGAUGAACCAGUUAUAACAGCAGAGGAGGAACGCUUACCCACCACAAUAGAAACCACACACACUACAGUUACCUCCUCAAUCGACGGCAACGUUCAACUCGACGCCGCCCCGCCCUCUACAGUGUUACCAGUAGGCGGCAUCAAAAUCAACAUCACAAAGACCAUGCCCUCCGUCAACAGCAACCAAGAACCAAUGUUCGAGGAUGUCAGUGCUGAUGACGAGCCACUUCCUCCUGGCGAGGAACCAGAACUUGAGUACAAGUUGAAACCUCACUUAGAGGGAGUUCAGUUUAGCAGACAGCCUCCAGUGCAAAAAGGAAGUGAAUUGUCCGGACUAUGCUCAAUAAUGUAA